CUUCGAUGGUGGUGUCGUGUCCACAACAUACCUAUAGGUGUUUCGGAGUUUCAACCGUCGUGCAGAUUUUAUUACAGAGUUAUUGUGGAAACCAGUGGGAAAAGUAUGAAAUGUCUUUACGCUGCUGUGGAAUGCUCGACUCUAUUCGCUAUCCUGUGUUUGCUUCUGCUUCACAACGUUUCCGGCUUGCGUAAAUACACCAAGGCGGAUAUGGUUCGACUUCGCGAAGAGGUCCGAGCCAUGUUCCAACACGCCUACGACGGGUAUUUGCGUUACGCGAGCAAAUACGACGAGCUGAGACCGUUGUCCUGCGACGGAGUUGAUACCUGGGGUAGCUACUCGCUGACGCUGGUCGACGCGCUGGAUACGCUGGCCGUGAUGGGAAAUUAUUCCGAGUUUCGCCGGGUUGUUGGACUGUUGGAGCGAAAGUCUUUCGACAGUGACAUUAACGUGUCGGUUUUUGAGACAAACAUCCGCAUCGUCGGUGGACUGAUCAGUGCGCAUCUGUUAAGUCACAAGGCAGGUGUUGAAUUGGAACCGGGUUGGCCGUGUAGUGGACCGUUGCUGCGUUUGGCGGAAGAUGUGGCGAGUAGAUUGUUGCCCGCGUUUGAUACGAGGACGGGAAUGCCCUACGGGACGGUUAAUCUUAAGUAUGGAGUUCCAUACGGGGAGACGAGCGUGACUUGUACGGCUGGGAUUGGAACAUUUAUUGUAGAGUUUGGUGCGUUGAGCCGUUUGACCGGGAAGCCAAUUUACGAGGAGGUGGCUUUGAAUGCGUUGUACGCUUUGUAUAAACAUCGGUCAUCGAUCGGUCUAUUUGGAAAUCACAUUGACGUUCAGACGGGGCGGUGGACGGCGCAGGACGCCGGUAUCGGUGCCGGGGUUGACUCCUACUACGAAUACUUAGUCAAAGGCGCUAUCAUGUUGAACAAACCGGAUUUAAUGCACAUGUUCAACGAGGGACGAAAGGCCAUCGAUAAGUAUCUGAAGCGAGACGAUUGGCACGUCUGGGUCAGCAUGAAUAAGGGACAGGUCACGUUACCUGUGUUUCAAUCGCUGGAAGCCUACUGGCCGGGAGUUCUGAGCUUGUUCGGGGACACGAGCGUGGCGAUGAAAACACUUCACAACUAUCACACCGUUUGGAAGCAGUACGGGUUUUUACCGGAAUUUUAUAACAUCCCAAAUGCGGAAGCCGGAGCGAAUCGGGAAAACUACCCGCUGCGACCGGAACUAAUUGAAUCGGUGAUGUAUCUUUACCGUGCCACCGGGGAUCCGUAUCUGCUGGAAGUGGGAGAAGAUAUUCUCCGCAGUAUUGAGCACAGUGCCAAGACACCUUGUGGCUACGCUACGAUCAAAAAUGUUCGCGAUCAUCACAAAGAAGAUCGGAUGGAGUCAUUUUUCCUGGCGGAAACUACCAAAUACCUUUAUCUUCUUUUUGACUCGGACAAUUUCAUUCACAAUGAUGGUCGCAUGGGAACCGUUAUCGACACCCCCCAUGGCGAAUGUAUAAUCGAGGCCGGAGGAUACAUUUUCAACACGGAAGCUCAUCCCAUCGAUCCGUCAAUGCUUCGCUGUUGCUACGAACUGCCCCACCAGAAUCUGUUUGCCGGUUACAGUCGGGAAAAGUUUGCUGGAGACCGGUUGGAUCUCAGUCGCACACGUGAUACAGCCCCGGUGGAGGAGAAACCGGUGAUUGAAAACAUUACCGUCGUUGAAGCUCAAUUGGAAGAGGCAAUUCCGACGGCGGUGCUGGAAGAACUUGGUGCUAAACUAGCCGAAGCAAGGCAAGCGCUGGCUAAGAAACGCCUGGAAGAGGCUUUUAAUCGAGCGCAGGAAUCGCUAAAGAAGCAACUAACGGAAUCGGCUGUCAAGCAGGAUCCGAAUGGAACUCAGAAGGAUGAUAGUUUGAUUGUUCCGGUUGAUAAACAACCGACGACUGGAGAAGAUUUGAUUUCACCAACCCCAAUAGCGGACGAUCCUGAACGGAUGACCACGGUUAGUUUGACUGCGUCCGCUCGGGAUCCGGAUGAGAAGAGUGCAACUGCACAGGUUAUGCUGAACGAGAGUCAGGAGGAGCAGGAACAAGCGGAUGCGAUCAUGGGUACGGGGACGGCUGUUCCGAUUGAGGACGUUUCAACGCAACCGGAAGAUGAUGAGGAGGAAACGAAUCCAGCGAAGAAGUUUUUCUCUGAGAAUAGUUCAGCUGCGGCUGAUGGUGCACAGGUGGUUCCUCCCACGGUUGCUGAAGAGUAUCAACAGUCUGAGAAGCAGAAAGGUUUGAACAGCACGAUUGCAGACUUUGUGCAAAACAUGUUCAAAUCAAAGGUUUAUCACAAGACCAAGUUUGAACCGGAAGUGCUGCUGAGCCGGAUCAAGGAAAGCGGUCACUAUCGGAAUAGUAGCUGGGCUGCGAAUUACGGAUUGUUGACGUGUAAGGCGCAACCGUUUCUGCAGAGGAUAACGUUGCUGGGGGAGUUUUUCUGAGUAGUGCGAAUUAAAUAUUGAAAAUUCAUAAA